GGCAGAGCUCAUGGCCCCCGGCGCCCCGGGCACAGGCGGGGCGGGGCGGUGUCGUCCCGUCCCACCCCCGCCCGGCGGGCGGGGCUGGGCCCGGCCGACAAGAUGGCGGCGGCGCUGAGGGCGGGCAGGGUAUGGGGGCUGGUGACGGCGGCGCCCGGCCUCGCUUUUACUCGUUCCGCGUUUGUUGCGAGAAGACGUAAUUAUGCCCAACCAAACUGGCUGGGAGUCGGCUUGGCGUUUGGCACCUCUGCUGCCCUGUGGGCUUUUCUUAUCAAGCAGCAUAAUGAAGAUGUAAUGGAAUAUGAGAGAAGACAAAAAGAGGGACACCAUAAGUGUACAGAAUGCUCAUAGUAAGUGUGCACAUACAGAUGCUUUUGACUGAACAGAAAUUCUGAAGAUCUUUGACAUCUGAUAGCAGGUUGAUGAUGUGCUCAGUAAGAAGUAACAUGAUCACUGGUUGUCCUACAAAUAAGUGAGCACAGCAGGAGUACAGUUAUGUAAUUACUUGUAUGUUCAUACAUUUCAUGUGCAUAAAUAUGAAAUAAAUUAUAAAGCCUAGAAAAAA